AUGACCUGCGAAGGUGCUACAAGUAUUGGUGAACUAGAGGCAUCUAAAAUACUCGCAACACAUGCUUCUCAAGAACAGCAACCAGCGCCCGAAGAAGGUAAAACUAUGCAACAGCUGGAAUCGGCACCGAGCACCACUGAACCAAAUGUACUGACCACGCCUGGAGAGGACACCUCUGCUAAUGUAUCGCCUCCUGGUCAAACUCAAGAAGUUAUAUCUGGUGUCACAGCGGAACAAGUUGCGAUUGUUUCUGGCGUUGCCGGUGGUGAAUCACAAAAGGACGAAUCUUCCGCA